CACCUGGAGCAGUGGCUACAUGAUGUCGCUUCUCAGGACUCAAGGACCAACAACCCUACACCUCUGCAACGGAGAAGGCAGGAAUGGAGAAACAAGCACAACCACUUCUAUUCUGUCGUUAACCACUCUGUAGACAUGUGUCCCCAUCAGAAGGCGUGAACUGCACAAGGGGGAAGUUCCUGGGGCCCUCCAGACCACUAGCACCUUUGACUGCCCCCCUAGAGAGAAGGCAGAGCCAUGGCAUCUUAUAGCUGCUGUUUGGCCCUCUUGGCUCUUGCCUGUCACUCCUCUGCCUACGGGCCCGACCAGCGAGCCCAAAAGAAGGGGGACAUUAUUCUUGGGGGUCUCUUUCCUAUCCAUUUUGGAGUAGCAGCCAAAGAUCAAGAUCUGAAAUCAAGACCAGAGUCCGUGGAGUGCAUCAGGUACAACUUCCGAGGAUUUCGAUGGUUGCAAGCCAUGAUAUUUGCCAUCGAGGAGAUAAACAGCAGCCCCACCCUUCUUCCCAACAUGACACUGGGAUACAGGAUAUUUGACACCUGUAACACCGUCUCCAAGGCCUUGGAGGCCACCUUGAGUUUUGUUGCCCAGAACAAAAUCGAUUCCUUGAACCUGGAUGAGUUCUGCAACUGCUCAGAGCACAUCCCUUCCACUAUUGCAGUGGUGGGAGCGACUGGCUCGGGCGUCUCCACGGCCGUGGCCAACCUACUUGGGCUCUUCUACAUCCCACAGGUGAGUUAUGCCUCCUCCAGCAGGCUUCUUAGCAAUAAGAAUCAAUACAAAUCCUUCCUCCGCACCAUCCCCAACGAUGAGCACCAGGCCACCGCCAUGGCCGACAUCAUCGAGUACUUCCGCUGGAACUGGGUGGGCACGAUCGCAGCCGAUGAUGACUACGGACGGCCAGGCAUUGAGAAGUUCCGGGAGGAAGCGGAGGAGAGGGACAUCUGCAUCGACUUCAGCGAGCUCAUCUCCCAGUACUCGGAUGAGAAGGAGAUCCAGCAGGUGGUGGAAGUGAUCCAGAACUCCACAGCCAAGGUCAUCGUCGUUUUCUCCAGCGGCCCAGACCUAGAGCCCCUCAUCAAGGAGAUUGUGCGGCGCAACAUCACAGGCAGGAUCUGGCUGGCCAGCGAGGCCUGGGCCAGCUCCUCCUUGAUUGCUAUGCCUGAAUACUUCCACGUGGUUGGGGGCACCAUUGGGUUCGGUCUGAAGGCUGGGCAGAUCCCAGGCUUCCGAGAAUUCCUGCAGAAAGUCCAUCCCAGGAAAUCGGUCCACAACGGGUUUGCCAAAGAGUUUUGGGAAGAGACUUUUAAUUGCCACCUGCAAGAAGGCGCCAAAGGGCCUUUGCCUGUGGACACCUUCCUAAGAAGUCACGAGGAAGGUGGCAGCAGGUUAAGCAAUAGCUCCACUGCCUUCCGACCCCUCUGCACAGGUGAUGAGAACAUCAGCAGCGUGGAGACGCCUUACAUGGAUUAUGAACAUUUACGGAUCUCCUACAACGUGUACUUAGCUGUCUACUCCAUCGCCCAUGCCCUGCAAGACAUAUACACCUGCUUGCCCGGACGAGGGCUGUUCACCAAUGGGUCCUGUGCAGACAUCAAGAAGGUUGAGGCCUGGCAGGUCCUGAAGCACCUGCGGCACCUAAACUUUACCAACAACAUGGGGGAGCAGGUGACGUUCGAUGAGUGUGGUGACCUGGUGGGGAACUAUUCCAUCAUCAACUGGCACCUCUCCCCAGAGGACGGCUCCAUUGUGUUCAAGGAAGUUGGGCAUUACAAUGCAUACGCCAAGAAGGGAGAGAGACUCUUCAUCAAUGAGGAGAAGAUCUUGUGGAGUGGGUUCUCCAGGGAGGUGCCCUUCUCCAACUGCAGCCGGGACUGUCUGGCAGGGACCAGGAAGGGGAUCAUUGAGGGGGAGCCCACCUGCUGCUUUGAGUGUGUGGAGUGUCCCGAUGGGGAGUACAGUGAUGAGACAGAUGCGAGCGCCUGUGACAAGUGCCCGGAUGACUUCUGGUCCAAUGAAAACCACACUUCCUGCAUUGCCAAGGAGAUUGAGUUUCUGGCGUGGACCGAGCCCUUCGGAAUCGCUCUCACUCUUUUUGCAGUGCUGGGCAUCUUCCUGACCGCCUUUGUGCUGGGCGUCUUCAUCAAGUUCCGAAACACGCCCAUCGUCAAGGCCACCAACCGCGAGCUGUCCUACCUCUUGCUCUUCUCGUUGCUCUGCUGCUUCUCCAGCUCCCUGUUCUUCAUCGGGGAGCCCCAGGACUGGACGUGCCGCCUGCGCCAGCCCGCCUUCGGCAUCAGCUUCGUGCUCUGUAUCUCGUGCAUCUUGGUGAAGACCAACCGCGUCCUGCUGGUCUUUGAGGCCAAGAUACCCACCAGCUUUCACCGGAAGUGGUGGGGGCUCAACCUGCAGUUCCUGCUAGUUUUCCUCUGCACCUUCAUGCAGAUCGUCAUCUGCGUGAUCUGGCUCUACACGGCGCCCCCCUCCAGCUACCGCAACCAUGAGCUGGAGGACGAAAUCAUUUUCAUCACGUGCCACGAGGGCUCACUCAUGGCGCUCGGCUCCCUCAUCGGCUACACCUGCCUGCUGGCUGCCAUCUGCUUUUUCUUCGCCUUCAAGUCCCGGAAGCUGCCAGAGAAUUUCAACGAAGCCAAGUUCAUUACCUUCAGCAUGCUCAUCUUCUUCAUUGUCUGGAUCUCCUUCAUUCCCGCCUACGCCAGCACCUACGGCAAGUUUGUCUCCGCCGUGGAGGUGAUCGCCAUCCUGGCUGCCAGCUUCGGCUUGCUGGCCUGCAUCUUCUUCAACAAGGUCUACAUCAUCCUUUUCAAGCCUUCCCGGAACACCAUCGAGGAGGUGCGCUGCAGCACCGCGGCGCAUGCUUUCAAAGUGGCAGCCCGUGCCACGCUACGUCGCAGCAAUGUCUCCCGGAAGCGGUCCAGCAGUCUAGGAGGCUCCACCGGUUCCAUUCCCUCCUCCAUCAGUAGCAAAAGCAACAGUGAAGACCCGUUCCCACAGCCGGAGAGGCAGAAGCAACAGCAGAGGUUGGCCCUGACCCAGCAAGAACAGCAGCAGCAGCAGCAGCCGCUGACUCUACAGAAACAGCAGCAGCCACAGCAGCCGAGAUGCAAACAGAAGGUCAUCUUCGGCAGUGGCACAGUCACCUUCUCUCUGAGCUUUGACGAGCCUCAAAAGAGCGCUAUGGCCCACAGAAACUCCACGCGGCACAACUCCCUGGAGGCCCAGAAGAACAACGACGCCUUGAGCAGACAUCAGGCUCUGCUCCCACUGCAGUGUGCAGACACGGACUCAGAAAUGACUAUGCAGGAAACGGGUCUGCAAGGGCCCAUGAUUGGGGACCACCAGCCGGAAAUGGAAAGUACAGAAGAAAUGUCCCCAGCACUGGUCAUGUCCACGUCUCGGAGCUUUGUCAUUAGCGGUGGAGGUAGCUCUGUCACGGAAAACAUACUGCACUCCUAAUGGAGGGAAAAAUUGACUGUCGAGCUGACAGCUUUUCUUAGAGGCCCAGGAAUAAGAACGAGCCGUUCCCUUCCUCCCAGGAAGCCAGGAUGAUCGGUACCUCAAAUACCUGUACUCGGGAUGCACCGCUUUGAAUCAAAUUAGCUGACUAAUGUGCUCUUUAAAGUUAAAGAGACAUUUGUUUUCCAGAGCUCAGUAUCACACUGCUCCCUCCUUUAAGAAUACAUGCAUAGAUCCAGAAAUGCCUGCCCUGAGAUUUCAUGGACAGCAUGGUCUGAAUCACAGUCCAGAGACAGACCGAUGGGACAUCAGAUCUGUCACUACCAGAGUUGAGUCUGAAAGCCAGACAGUCAUGGGGGCUGUCUAACGCAUUGACAGUGGACAGGACUUUACAUGUUCAAGACAUCAUGGGGAUGUGUCCUCUCUUAUUUAUGGAGACCUUAAGAAGUGUGGUUGUUUUAUCCUCCCUGCUGCUGCUAUCGUGUGGCAUCUAUCGAGCCUGCGUCCUUCCUGUGGGACCAUGUCAGGGUGCAUCCAGAACCUGAUGGCAAUGCCAUGCUUAGAUCUCAGGAUCAUAAGCUCACCUCUAAGCCCUGGGAAAGGACCGACUAAUCCAAUGAGCUGUCUCUGUAAUUAGUAUUGCUGUGCAUAGCUUGACCCUUAAGAAAACGCUCUGUUGCUGAAGUCUUGCAGUCUGGAUUCUCCAAGGCAGUAUUAUCGAGUUCUGUUGUUCUUUCCCAUCCCUGCACCCUCACUCAGGGGAGCAGAGCACCUGUGGUCCCUCUCAAGACCCCAUGGUUCCUGAAACUCCCCUCCAACCCUGCCCUAAAGGCUUUGCGAAGCCAGAUCCAGACCUGGCUCUGUGGAGAAUAAGCUCCCAGGGGCAAGUGUGGCUCCCAGGGAAGGCCAUGGUUCCCUCAGCAGUGAGAUUAAAGGUGCUCACAGGUCACCUAACUGCUAGGAACUCAAACUUGGGGCCACAGUGAUCAAGGUUCAGGCUCUGGCUUGGUCACUGGCAGGAUGAGCAGCAGUAGGCAAGGAACCACAGCCUCUGUAAGCUUCUUUGAGUCUACAGUAGGGUGUUACAGUUCUCUUCCCGUGGAACUCUCACGUGGGGUAAGUGAGAGCAUGUGGCAACAUAUUUCAGCAUGGCGCCUGACACCUAAUAAAUAAGCCCUUAGUGUUAGUAAGUAUGAUUUGCGGUAUAGUGGCUACUAGUUUCCAUUGGUUUAGACUAUGCUGUAGUUUGGAUUGUGACCCUCAAGGUCCACAUGUUAGAAGAUUGGUCCCUUGGGUGGCCCUCUUGGAAGGUCGUGGUGUCUUCAGGAAGUGGGGCUUAGUAGGACAUAGUUCAAGAUGUGUUUGCAGGGAGUUAUGGGACUCUGGCACCAUUCUCUUUCUGUCUCUUACUUCCUGGUCAUAAAAUGAAGAGUCUCCUCUGACAUAAGCCCUUUGUUGCCAUCUAGCACCCACCAGGGACCCUAAACAAUGGUCCACAUGAGCAAGGACCAGAACCUCCAAAACAGAGCAUCAAGAUUAACUUUUUUUUCUCUCUCUAGUUGUCUGACGUAUUUUAUUAUGCUGAGAGAGAGCUGACUAAUACAGAAUUUAAAGAAAAACUCUUACUAAGCAUUCAAAUGCUACUGCCUAAUCCACUGAUCACAGUAGCUUGAUUCAGAAUAAGUCCAGAAUUUCUGAGACCCAGAUCAAGGUAUCAGCAGGAGCCAUGUCCUAUUAGCACCCCCCAAAACCCAGUGUUCUGCCUCUGUGGUAAGAGUACCACUUCCAGCACCAUUGCUGACUGAUGGUCUCUCAGACCAGAUCCCACUGAGCUAUGCUGAUCCCAAGACCAAGCCAUAGAACGUAAAUCUGUCAGUGGCCUAAAUUUACAGUUUGUGGUGAGUCCUCCCCGACCACUUCCUUCCGAGGGUUUUUAGGAUAACACACAGUUGACAUUUUGAUUGUGAAGAGUAUUAAUGGCAUGGUAGAGAGAGAGUGACCUAGUCACAGAACACAGAGCUGCCCUGGUGAGAUACCAACACUGCAGCCAGAGAGGGCACAGCCUGGAAGAGCCCGCUGUCAACUGCUGUCACCUCUCUGAGCAAAACGCAAUGCCGAGUGAGGGUUCGUUUUUAACAUUUCACUUGGCCCUAGAAUAAAUAAACAAACAAGCAAAAAUAGCACCCAAAAGUUGAGUGGCUUUUUCAAGAACUGUGGGGAAAGAAACUGUCACACAUUCAUCCUUCCUGUCCUGACUACAGUGCCCGCCGUCCCUUCUUCCUCAAGCGCUCUCCUCAUCCGUGAUGAGAAGCUGAGGCUCAUCAAGGAAAACACAUGACUGGCUGUUGCAAUGUGUUCACUAUGACAGGGACUUGCGAAUCAAAUGAUCUUUAGGGACAUCCUCAUCAUAAAGGAAGACGGGACCACCACACUGGGCCCAACUCUGCAUUCAGUCACAGGGAUAAGAGAGGAAUUUCGUUAUGUCUCUAUAGCAACCGACCUUUUAUCUCAAAUUCCUAUUCUGGCAGCAACCGACGCAUAGUUAGGUCAAAUUGGGGUUUUUCUGAGGAAUUUCAGAGUUUUCUCGUUCAAAUUAGAUUUUUUAAGUAUCAGCUCAAAAGUUUGGUGUGCCCCCCCCUUCCUCUUUCCAGCCAAGUUUUAACAUGAUGGGGGUGAGUCUUCAGUCAUGGACAUCUCUUUCUCUUAGCACUGCUGAAACCAUCUUGCCUAGCUGUCGGUAAUUGUGUCUCUGUUCUGGCUUCCUCUUAUGUAUAUGUGGCAGUCCAUUUUCUGUUGCUGUAACAGAAUAGCCAAGCAAGCUAACUUUAUAGAGAAAGGGGUUUACUUAACUCAUAGUUCUGCUGGUUCGUGGGCCAAGACCAUAUGACUGCCAUUGGUCACCACAAUGGCAAGAAAGCACUGGAAGGAAGGGAUUACGCAUCAAAAUAGAAUCCAGAGAAUGAUUCAGGGGUCAGCUUUACUCAUGACAACUCACUCUUGAGACUCCAGGGUUUCCAUAAGAACUACCUUAACUCCUCAAAAAGCAGAUCCCCCAGGGACCUAAAGCCCUCCCAUAAGGCUCCACCUCUCAGCACCAGCACAUUAAGGGGUCAAGUCCCCAACAAUAGACCCCUUGGAAACCAUAUCCAAACCAUGAAAGUAUCGUAUCCCCAAACCAUUCCCCAACCAUGAGAUCCAUGGUGGUUUCCAUGGAUAAUCACUGUCUCAACUGACUGACCCUUCCUAGGCCUGCAAGCUCCCUCAGCUCCCUCCAGGUACAUCCUAGGGACCAGGAGACUAUGAACCCUCCAUGUGGUGACUUGACUGCUGCCCAAAUGUGUCUAUACAGAGACUCUGUAUGUUAACAAGCAUAUAGAGCAGACACGAAUAAGGAACGGGGUAAAAUACUGACAAGCCCGUGCGGACCUGUGUGCUAGACAGAAUAAUAUUCAGGCAAAGAUAUCACGAUUACAACAGCAGAGCAUGUGGUUGCAUCAAAGCCACAGAGAUCUAAGUUGCUGAUUGAAUUAAGAUUCCUUCCAGUCAAUCCUGAGGUCGGAGCCUACAGAACGAUCGUGAGAGGUGGCACAGUGGGAGGAAGGCUGCAGACCAUCCAUCCCCCACUUUGUGUGUGGAAGGAAGUGAGAGACAACAGGGUGUGGGUUGUUUCUGGAAGCUGGCAGAGUAAGAGUCCCGAUUCUCCCCAGGAGCCUCCAGGAAGGAACACAGAGGUGGAGACCUGGGUGUCAGCCUAGCGAGACCCUUUGAAGA